AUGGAGCUGCCUGGGGGGUUUCUGAGAGCCUUCAUCAUAGCAUCAUGUUUUCUCACAAGUGCUGCUCAGAAAACAGUCUGCACACAGGAAACUGUUGCUGACAUUGUCUUUUUGGUGGAUGGCUCCUUGAGCAUUGGGGAUGAGAACUUCCAGAAGAUGCGAGAAUUCCUCUUCACGUUGGUGAAUGGUCUUGAUGUUGGCCCCGAUAAAGUCCGAAUAGGCAUGGUUCAGUACAGCACCACACCGCAAACAGAGUUCCUGCUCAACACAUUUGAGAACAAGAGGGACAUCCUCAAUUAUAUUGUGAAUUUGAAAUACAAGCGUGGAGGUACCAAGACUGGCCUGGGAUUGGAUUUCAUGUUGCAGAACCACUUUGUUGAAAUAGCCGGAAGUCGCUCUAAAGCGGGAGUUCCUCAGAUUGCUGUUGUCAUCACUGAUGGCAAAUCACAGGAUAAGGUGGAGCCUCAUGCGCAGAACCUCAAGCGUCAGGGGAUCAGGCUAUAUGCCAUCGGAAUUAAAGAUGCUGAUGAGAACCAGCUGAGGGAGAUUGCCAGUGAACCACAUGACCAGCACAUCUAUAGUGUGUCUGACUUUUCGGCUUUGCAGAGUAUCUCUCAGACUUUUGUGCAGUUGCUGUGUACCACAGUGGAGGAGGCCAAGAGACAGGUUACAUCUGUCCCUGCAGGAUGUCAGGGGGCCGGUUCGGCUGACAUCGUGUUCCUUGUGGAUGGAUCCAGCAGCAUUGUAGAUGCUGACUUUCAGAGGGUGAAGCAAUUCCUCCGCACUUUUGUAGAGGGUCUGGAUGUGGGGCCCAGCAUGGUUAGGGUGGGGGUUGUACAAUACAGCGAUAAGCCACAGAAAGAGAUCCUGUUAGGGGGUUAUGCCAACAAAAGAGAGCUGCUGGAGAACAUUGACAGGCUCACUCACCUACAUGGAGGAACAAAUACUGGUCUGGCCAUCACCUUCAUCAAGGCUGAGUACUUCAACUCAACAGAGGGUAGUCAAAAUCGUCAAAAUGUGCCCCGGAUCGCCAUGGUGAUCACCGAUGGUGAAUCUAAUGAUGAGGUGAUAGAAUCCGCUAAGGACCUGCGAAGGCAUGGUGUCAUCGUCUUUGCAAUUGGUGUAGGGAAAGCCAAGAAGGAUGAGCUAGAGGCCAUUGCAAAUUCCCCAUCUAAACAUUUUGUAGUAAGCCUCAAAAGCUAUGAAGAGUUGCAAGGACGAACAGCAGAUAUUAUGAGGACAGCAUGUACAUUUGUGGUGGACCAAAAUCAAGCUAUCAUUCCAAGGUAUGCCGACGUGUUUGUCCUGGUGGAUAGUUCAGCCCAGAGAGAACAAAGCGUGAUCAAGAGUUUCUUGUCUCGGCUGGUCAAUCAGCUCAACGUGAAUAGCUUAUCUCAUCGCCUUGGCGUUGCUGAGUUCGGUGAUGACGUUUCUGUGAUCUUUAAACUGAACGACUAUGAAACCAAAGGGGAAGUUUUGUCACUCAUUCGCAACAUCCAGCUGAAGCCCAGCCGACAGCGGAAUAUUGGACAGGCAGUGGAAUACGCCAGUACUCAUCUCUUUACAAGUGAAAUGGGCAGCCGUGUUGACCUUCUCCACAGACAAUAUCUGAUCGUAAUUACAGCAGGGAGUUCAGAUGACAACAUUUUCAGAAACGCAAGGACAAUCAAGAAUCAGGGUGUGACUGUGAUCUCAAUAGGACUGAGCAGAGCAGAUGAAGAUGAGCUUAAAGUCCUUGCCUCUCCACUUCAUAACUUCAAGAUCUCGGCAAAAAAUUCUCAACAGAUAGCUGUGGAUAUCAAGACACUGAUAGACACUACUGAGGAUGUUACAGUUAUUGAAGAGUGCCCAACAGUCAAAAUGGCAGAUAUUGUGUUUAUUGUGGAUGAGUCAGGUAGCAUUCAAACAGAAAAUUUCAGGAGAGUGCGCAAAUUUCUCUAUCGAGUGAUUAAUGCUCUGGACGUGAGUGAAGAAGGCAUCAACGUUGGAGUGAUGCUGUAUAAUACAGAGCCUACAUGUGAAUUGUACCUGGAUACAAGACAAGACAAGGCUGAUAUUCUACCAUACAUUAACAGCCUGCCAUACAGGGGAGGAGGAACAGAAACAGGCAAGGCCCUGAGGUUUGCCAGGACAAACGUUUUCACCAAGGAGAGGGGCAGCAGAAAACACCUUGGUGUUCAACAGAUAGCCGUUGUCAUCACUGAUGGAAAAUCCUCAGAUAAUGUUACCAUGGCUGCUGCUGAAUUACGUCGUGACGGAGUGACGGUUUAUGCCAUCGGGGUGAAAGAUGCUGACAUGACGGAGCUGCAGCAGAUUGCUUCCUACCCGUCUAAAAAGUUUGUGUUCAAUGUUGAAAGUUUUACGGAGCUCCAGACACUAGAUAGAAGUCUGAAGAGAACUUUGUGCCAGACCAUCAGCAAACCACCCAAAACGCAAACUGUCAAAAGAGGAUGCAUGAGGACAGACGAAUCAGACAUUUACUUCCUUAUUGACCAGUCUGGGAGCAUUAGCAAUUCAGACUUCAAUGACAUGAAACAGUUCAUUGUGAAAUUUUUGGAAACGUUCCCUAUUGGGCCACAGCAAGUGCGCGUUGGUGUGGUGAAGUUUGCAGAUGAACCAACACUGGAGUUCAGCCUUUUUCAACACACAAACAAUGUCACCCUGAAGAGAGCUGUGAAUAAUAUGCUGCAGAGGGGAGGUGGCACAAAAACAGGCAAAGCACUGGAAUUCAUGACCUCAAAGUUUGAAGAAGCUGAAAACAGCCGUGGUGCCAGGGUACAGGAGAUUCUCAUCGUCAUCACUGAUGGUAAAUCCACAGAUGAUGUGGCUGUGCCAGCACAGCAACUGAGGAACCGGGGCAUUACCGUCUAUGCGAUCGGUGUGAAGGAUGCCAAUGAGGCUGAGCUGCUUGACAUUGCUGGGGACACGAGGAGGAAAUUCUUUGUCACAAACUUUGAUUCUCUGACACCUAUCAAGGAUGAAAUUGUCACUGAUAUUUGUUCUGAUGAUGUUUGUAAGAGUAUGGUGGCAGAUAUUCUCUUUCUGAUUGACGGCUCUAGAAGCAUCAACACAGAUGAUUUCUCUAAGAUGAAAGCCUUUAUAAACAGCACAGUGCAGAGAGCAGUUAUUGGGCCGAAUAACGUGCGGCUUGGUGUGGUACAGUUCAGCACUUCACAACAAGAGGCAUUUGCUCUCAAUCGUUUCUAUGACAAAAUGCAAAUGCAGCAGGCUCUCACUGCCAUACAGCAACUGGAUGGUGGCACUCUGACUGGGGCAGCGCUUAAAUUCCUCCCACCAUUUUUUGAAUCGGGCAAAGGUGGACGGCCCGGUGUCCAAAAAUACCUCAUUGUGAUAACAGAUGGUGAGGCCCAAGAUGAAGUUGCUGAACCUGCUAUGGACCUUAGAAACAAAGGUGUUAUCAUUUACUCCAUUGGUGUGGCCCAGGCUAACAGCACACAGUUGCUGGAAAUUAGUGGCACUACAGACCACGUUUAUGUGGAAAGGGAUUUUGAUGCACUGGAGAAGUUGCAGAAGGACAUCCUGCUAGAGAUAUGUACCGCUGAAGAUGAUUGUCAAAAAACACAGAUAGCGGAUGUAAUCUUCCUUGUGGAUGGUUCAUCUAGCAUUGAAGUAGAAGAAUUUGAGAGUAUGAAGCGCUUUAUGACCUCCGUGGUGAACAACACCCAGGUUGGAGAGAAUCGUGUACGUUUUGGCACCAUUCUCUUCUCUGACACAGCACAGUCCAGUUUCUCUUUGAAUCAGUACUACAGUCGAAGGCAGGUGCGGGAUGCCAUCAACGCUCUGACAGCACCUGGUGGAAAUACCUACACAGCUCAGGCUAUGCAGUACUCCCUGGCUUAUUUCGGACCUGAGCACGGUGGACGGGGUGCCGCGCAUAUUCCUCAGAUGUUAUUUGUGAUCACAGAUGGUGAAGCCACAGACCCAUACAGUUUACCCAUCUGGUCCAGUGAACUGCGGAAAAAUGAGAUAAGUGUAUAUGGAAUUGGGGUGAAAGGGGCUAAAAGAAGUGAGCUGGAGAUCAUCACAGGGGAUGAAAAGAAAGUCUUCUAUGUUGACAACUAUGCAGAGCUUGAGGCCCUGCAUGUAAACAUUUCCAGUGUGGUCUGUAACAGUUCCAUACCAGAGUGCACGAAAGAAGCUGCAGACCUAGUUCUGUUGAUAGAUGGGUCAGAGAGCAUUACAGAGAGCUCAUGGAAGCAAAUGAAAGAAUUCAUGAGGCGACUUGUGGAUGAGUUCCGUAUAAGACCAAACUAUUUUCAAGUUGGUGUGGCCCAAUUCAGCACUAACUACAGAGCAGAGUUCCAUUUGAAUAAAUUUGACAACGCAGCGGAUGUGAAGAGUGCCAUUGAGGUCAUCGAACAGAUGAAAGACGGCACACGAAUUGGGAAUGCACUGCGACACAUCAAGGAGUUCUUCCAUGCGAACAAUGGAAGUCGAAUAAACCAAGGCAUAUCUCAAAACCUGCUCCUGAUCACUGAUGGUGACUCAGCAGACAGUGUAACAGAGGCUGCAAAAGAGAUCAGAGAUAUGAACAUUGAGGUGUACGUUAUUGGAAUUGGGCAGAUUAAAUUAAGACCAUUGAUUGAUAUUGCUGGCUCCGUGCAGAAAGUUUUUAACAAGGACAGUUUCUCUGCUCUGCUAGUGAACAAGACAAUAUCUGAAGUGCAUGACAGCAUUUGCAAACCAGACCAACAAGAACAAAAAGGCUGCAUUAUAGACAUUGGGCUGGGAUUCGAUAUCACCCGUCGCAUAGGCUCACAGAAACUUUUCAAUGGCCAGGCGAAAUUAAAGACCUACCUGCCUCAGAUUGUCCGCUACAUGUCCAAUCUGAAUGACUUGUGCUGUAUCACAAAAGAUGGUGUUGAGGAGCGAAUUGGCUUCCGUGUUGUGUCUGCUGGUGGGACAGUGAUAUAUGAUACAAACUUUGAGAAAUACAGUGAAGAUGUGAUUGAAAAGGUGAUGGACUUACCACCUGUAGAUCUAUCUUUUAAUGCCCAGCUUCUGUCCUCGUUUGAAGAGAAGUUCAGGUUGUCCACUGCUGGUGUUAAAGUGCUAGUCAUCUUCACAGAUGGACUGGAUGAAUCUGUUGAGAACCUUAUGCUUGCUUCAAAGGGCCUAAGGGAGAGUGGAGUUCACGCACUGCUGACAGUGGCCCUGGAGGGAGUCCAAAACAUCAAUGAUCUUCAGCAAGUGGAGUUUGGCCGUGGCUUUGGCUACAAGCAGCCUCUAAUCAUAGGCAUGCAAAGCUUGCCCAGUACCAUGGUACAGCAGAUUGAUACGGUUGCUUUAAGGGAGUGCUGUAACGUCAUGUGCAAAUGCUCUGGCCAGGAGGGACCACGGGGCCCCUAUGGACCUCCAGGACAAAAGGGCUCACCUGGACAGAAGGGCUUCCCUGGAUUCCCAGGUGAUGAAGGAGGACCUGGAGAGCGAGGGCCACCCGGCUUAAAUGGAACACAAGGCCAUCAAGGCUGUCCUGGGAGAAGAGGUUUCAAGGGUGGCAGAGGCUAUAGGGGUGAUCAGGGAGAUGAUGGAGAAGAUGGAUUGGAUGGAAUUUCUGGUGAACAGGGUGUCACUGGAACACCAGGGGGAUCUGGACAGAGAGGAGACCCGGGCAGCCCAGGUCCGAGAGGCAUCAGGGGAGAGCCAGGUGUCCCUGGGGAACGUGGUCUGAGAGGAGAUCCUGGGGAGCCAGGUUCUGACAACAACAUCCGAGGUCCAAAGGGUGAGACUGGCAACUCAGGAAUACAGGGAGAUGCAGGACCAGAUGGUGGACCUGGGCAAGCAGGAGACAAUGGAAAACCAGGCCAGAGAGGCAGAAGAGGUCCACCAGGCCUUCCGGGUCAGAGAGGACCACCAGGUGAAGUAGGAUUGGGGGGGCCCCCUGGUUCCGCAGGCCCAAUGGGGCAAAGGGGUUUGAGAGGUGUUAAUGGACAGAAAGGGAUGCCUGGACUGCCUGGACCUCAGGGCUCGCCAGGGUUGCCAGGAGGCUCUGGGUCUAAGGGGAGUUUUGGCCACAGAGGACCAAAGGGCCAGCCGGGUGCCCCCGGGGAUAAGGGAGCUAAUGGACCAGCAGGCCCAAGAGGACUACCGGGUAUGGAUGGUUUAGAUGGGUAUGGAAUCCCUGGACCUAAGGGGCAGAAGGGAGAUAGAGGUUUUCCUGGAUAUCCUGGAUUACAGGGUGAGAAUGGUGACCCAGGAAGGCCUGGAGCAAAAGGAGCUAAAGGCAAUCGUGGAAGAGCGGGUAAUGCUGGUGGGCGUGGCCCAACAGGUGAUCCUGGGACAUCAGGACCACCAGGACAUAGGGGCCCCAGGGGACCACCAGGAACCACUGAUAUGUCUCCUUGUCAACUUAUCACGUAUGUUCGUGACAAAUGUGCUUGCUGCAAAGCCCAAACAUCAUGCCCUGCUUACCCUACGGAGCUAGUGUUUGGUCUGGACAUGUCUGAAGAUGUGACUCCACAGGUGUUUGAGAGAAUGCGUUCCACACUCCUGUUUCUUCUGGAGAAUAUCAACAUCGCUGAAAGCAACUGUCCUACCGGGGCACGUGUUGCUGUGGUCUCUUACAGUGCCAACACCAAAUAUUUGAUCCGCUUCUCGGACUACCAACGCAAGAAGACUCUUUUAGAGGCUGUGCAAAACAUUGCUCUGGAGCGCACAUCUGGUCGCCGUGACAUUGGUGCCGCCAUGCGCUUCGUGGCCAGAAAUGUCUUUAAGCGUGUCCGUCGAGGAAUGCUGAUGAGGAAGGUGGCAAUUUUGUUCUCCAACGGGCCAUCCCAGGACAUCAGACCCAUCAUCACUGCAGUGCUUGAGUUCAAGGCUCUAGACAUCUCCCUCGGUGUGAUUGCUUUCAGGAAUGCUCCCGAUGUUCGCAGGGCUUUUGAGGCUGAUGAGACAGGGAGCUUCAUAUUGUCUGUACUGGGAAGAUCAGCAGACCUAAGCAAUAGUCCUGAGCUGAGGCGGAUCCAGCAGUGUGUCAUAUGUUUUGAUUACUGCCGCCCAGCAAGUGAAUGUGCUGGCAUAGUCCUAGAACAGGUUCCCAAAGAGGUGGAUCUGGACCUGGUUGUACUAAUGGAUGGAUCACGCAGUCUUGCUGCAGACCAGUACAGUGGAGUGAAGGAGGUCUUGGGCUCUUUGCUCGAUCAGAUAGUUAUUAGCAGCCAACCAAACCAGGCUGGUGGGCAAGCCCGGGUGGCACUCUAUCAGCAGAGCUCAUCCUAUGUGGAUGCACAGGCUUCGGUAAAAGAGAUAUUCAACCUACAGCAGUACCGGGAUCGUGACCAGAUGAAGAGAAUUAUUCUCCAGAACUUGCAGCAAACGGGUGGCUACUCCACACUGGGUCUUGCUGUAGAGCAUGUCAUAGAAAAUGUCCUUCUCAGAGCUGCGAGGGCUCGUAGGAACAAGAUGGUGUUGACUAUUGUUGGCGAGGAGACCUCCUACUAUGAUAGAGCCAAGUUGGACCUCAUUUCCAGAGUGGCUCGUUGUCAGGGCAUAAUACUGUUCACCCUGACAGUUGGGAACAGCUUUAACAGCACACAGGUGGAAGACCUGGCCAGCCUGCCUGUAGAGCAUCACAUGGUUCACCUGGGUCAGCUGAAGAAUGGAGAACAGGUGUACGCUAUGCGCUUCCUGAGGACCUUCCUCCAAAUUCUAAACAUCAAGCUUAACAGCUACCCUCCUCCAACUAUCAAAGAACAGUGUGAUAGCCAGGUUCUGUUAGCUGCAGAAAGGCCCAUUGAGAGGGUCCCUGUGCCCACACCUCCUGAGGAAGAGGAAUACACAGGGCAAGAGGAAUACACUGAAAGCCCACAAGGAGGUGGUCAAACAACACUUGAUUCAGGAUUUGGGGAGCAGGAGAGCUUUGGGCGUGGAGACUCAGAUGCCCAGUGUCUGCUUGACAUGGACGGCGGCACCUUUUGUGGAGAGUAUGUGCAAAGAUGGUACUAUAAUAAUACGAUUGGUGCAUGCACAGUCUUCUGGUACGGCGGUUGCGACGGUAACAGCAACAGGUUUAGCACGGAAAGAGAAUGCUUCCAGACAUGUGGCAGAAAAAGUGUGUGCUCUAUGGUGCAAGAUCAGGGAUCCUGCCAGGACUACAUCCUGAAAUGGUACUAUGACACUAUACAGAAUGAAUGCAGCCAGUUCUGGUAUGGCGGCUGUGGUGGAAAUGGAAAUAGGUUUGACACCAAAGAGGCAUGUGAAGCUCUUUGUGUUUGA